GGCGUGAGCGCGCCCGUCGCAAGAUGGCGGCGGCCAUGCUGGGCCCCGGGGCUGUGUGUGCGCAGCGGGCGGCGGCGGCGCGGCCCGCCCUGCAGGCGCGGCGGCGGCGCUAGCCCGGCCCCGGCCUCCCUUUGCGAUCGCUACUUCCGUCUCUCCCCGCCUUGCCCGGUAUGGAUCUGCCCGUGGGCCCCGGCGCGGCGGGGCCGAGCAACGUCCCGGCCUUCCUGACCAAGCUGUGGACCCUAGUGAGCGACCCGGACACCGACGCGCUUAUCUGCUGGAGCCCGAGUGGGAACAGCUUCCAUGUGUUCGACCAAGGCCAGUUUGCCAAAGAGGUGCUGCCCAAGUACUUCAAGCACAACAACAUGGCCAGCUUCGUGCGGCAGCUCAACAUGUACGGCUUCCGGAAGGUGGUCCACAUUGAACAAGGCGGCCUGGUCAAGCCAGAGAGGGACGACACCGAGUUCCAGCACCCAUGCUUCCUGCGUGGCCAGGAGCAGCUGCUCGAGAACAUCAAGAGGAAAGUGACCAGCGUGUCCACCCUGAAGAGCGAGGACAUAAAGAUUCACCAGGACAGUGUCACCAAGCUGCUGACUGACGUGCAGCUGAUGAAGGGCAAGCAGGAGAGCAUGGACUCCAAGCUCCUGGCCAUGAAGCACGAGAACGAGGCCCUGUGGCGGGAAGUGGCCAGCCUGCGGCAGAAGCACGCCCAGCAGCAGAAGGUCGUCAACAAGCUCAUCCAGUUCCUCAUCUCGCUGGUGCAGUCCAACCGGAUCCUGGGGGUGAAGAGGAAGAUCCCCCUGAUGCUGAACGACAGCAGCUCCGCGCAUUCCUUGCCCAAGUACAGCCGGCAGUUCUCCCUGGAGCCCAUCCACGGCUCGGGCCCCUACUCGGCCCCGGCCCCGGCCUACAGCGGCUCCAGCCUCUACUCGGACGCGGUCCCCAGCUCCGGGCCCAUCAUCUCGGACGUCACUGAGCUGGCCCCCGGCAGCCCCGUGGCCGCCCCCGGCAGGAGCGCGGACGAGGGGCCCCCGUCGAGCAGCCCCCGGGUGCGAGUCAAGGAGGAGCCCCCCAGCCCCCCUCCGAGCCCUCGGGCGGGGGCAGCGAGCCCAAGGCGCCAGGCCUCCGUCGUGGAGACGCCCUUGUCCCCAACCGCCCUCAUCGACUCCAUCCUGCGGGAGAGCGAGCCGGCCGCCACGGCCCCCGCAGAUGCAGGGGCCCGGCCCCCCUCGACCCCGCCUGCCGCCUCCCCUGAGAAGUGCCUCAGCGUCGCCUGCCUGGACAAUUUGGCUCUCACUCCACAGAUGUCUGGGGUCGCCCGCCUCUUCCCCCACCCCUCCUCCUCUCUGCAUGGCCGGUUCCAGCCAGGGGCCGAGCUCAGUGAGCACCUGGACGCCAUGGACUCCAAUCUGGACAACCUGCAGACCAUGCUGACGAGCCACGGCUUCAGCGUGGACACCACUGCCCUGCUGGAUCUGUUCAGCCCCUCGGUGCCAGACAUGAACCUGCCCGACCUGGACAGCAGCCUGGCCAGUAUCCAGGAGCUCCUGUCUCCCCAGGAGCCCCCCAAGCCUCUCGAGGUGGAGGACAGUAGUCCCGACUCAGGAAAGCAGCUGGUGCACUACACGGCGCAGCCCCUGUUCCUGAUGGAGCCGGGCCCCGUGGACGUGGGGAGCAGCGACCUGCCUGUGCUCUUCGAGCUGGGGGAGGGCCCCUACUUCUCGGAGGGGGACGACUACGCAGAUGACCCCACCAUCUCCCUGCUGACGGGCUCCGAGCCCCCCAAAGCCAAGGACCCCACUGUCUCCUAGAGGGCCCGGGCCCGCUCACCAUGACUUGCUGGGGGCUUCACAGCCACGCCGGACUGACUAGUACUGUGGGGUGUUCACAGUCAAAUUGUAUUUUGGGUUUUUACACAAGUCCCCUUUCCACUUCUAUAGAAAUAUGCAGGUAUAUACACGGACGGACGGACGGACGGACGGAGACAGGCAGAGAUCUAUAAAGGACAG